GCAGAGCUAGCUAACCAAAUAAAUUUUCAAUUUCAAGAAUUUGGUCCGACAAACCACCAGAACCGAUGGCCAAAACUCUUCCAUUUUCUCGAGCUCUACUUCUAUCUCUUUCCAUUCUUCUUGUUGCAAGAGCCAUCUCUGCGGGCGACAUUGCCAUUUACUGGGGCCAGAAUGGCGGCGAGGGAACUUUGGCAUCAACAUGUGACACCGGGAGGUACGCUUACGUGAUCGUGUCCUUUGUCACUACUUUUGGCAACUUUCGAGCACCGGUGGUCAACCUCGCCGGCCACUGCGACCCGGCUGCUGGUACAUGCACUGGCCUGAGCGACGAAAUAAGGAGCUGCCAGGGUAAGGAUAUCAAGGUUCUCAUGUCUAUUGGUGGUGGCGCUGGAGACUACUCCUUGGUCUCUGAAGCCGAUGCCAACAAUUUCGCCGAUUACCUGUGGAACAACUUCCUAGGAGGACAGUCUUCCUCUCGUCCUUUGGGUGAUGCAGUACUCGAUGGAAUCGACUUCGACAUAGAGCUUGGUACGACUACGUUCUACGACACUCUUGCGCGUGCUUUAUCGUCACGCAGCACCCAAGCAGCAAAGGUUUACCUCACGGCGGCGCCUCAGUGCCCGCAUCCUGAUAGCCAUCUCGAUGCAGCCCUCAACACGGGGUUGUUCGACAACGUUUGGAUUCAGUUCUACAACAAUCCCCUGGCCCAGUGUCAAUACUCUUCGGGCAACACCAAUGAUAUCUUAAGUUCUUGGAAUACAUGGACUUCAUCGACAACGGCUGGGAAAAUAUUCCUCGGCUUACCGGCAGCUCCAGAGGCAGCAGGGAGUGGAUACAUCCCUCCGGAUGUGCUGACUGGUCAGAUUCUCCCCCAGAUCAAGACAUCGGCAAAAUAUGGUGGUGUCAUGCUGUAUUCGAAGUUCUACGACACUACAUACAGCACUACCAUAAAGGAUCAAGUUUGAGUCUACCGUCUCAUGACUCUUCCCUCUUAAUCGGACGAUUUUGGGGAGAUAAUAUUCGUGUUAUGAUAAGAUAAUAAACAAAACAAAUAAUGUCUCGCGUUGGCAUAUGAACAGCACGGGGCCUCCAGCUAUGUAGGGUGUGAUAGUAGAGACAGACACACCACGAAUCAUCAUAAGACCAUCAUAUAUAUUACUCAAUGAAGUUUUGUGUACGUGCUUCUAUAGAGUAGUAACAGUUACAGCAUUUUCGAUA